AUGGAGGAGGACAGGAAAACUGCAGUCAAAGAGCUGCAUGGACGUAUCGCCGUCCUACAGCGCAAGCACGAGGAGACACUUGCUCUGGCCCACGAGAAGACUCAAGACGUAGAGUGCCGGCUAGAACGUGAGAGGUCGCUUACCCGGGAUCUAAAAGAACAACUGGCUGCCAGUGCAAGCAAGCAACGCACGUUGAAGUUGGAGAUAAGGAAACUCAAGACGGCUAAUAGUGUUUUUGAGGACGAACUGAGUGAACAAGCAAAGUAUACCCGCCAAGUAGAGGAGGCGAUGGCGGAUACCGAGUGCAUAAAUGAAACGCUGAAAGAACGCUUGCUAGAGAUGGAAGAGGAACGUGUUGUGAGAGAGAAGCAACACGCAGAUGAACUGGAUUUAGCGUAUAUCUCUAACACCAAUGCCGACGGCAAGAACAACACAGCGCAAAAAGUAGGACAUACUCUCAGUUUGGGCGAUUUGCCACUUGCGGACGUACAGCAGAACCGAAAAUCUGUACAAGAAUGGAGAGGAAUAGUUAGCCAACGGAGAUCUAAUGAUGAUGAUAGUCUGGAUAGUUGCGAGGUAAACGAUGGAGGGCUUACUGGGGAUGGGCUCGGCACCGGACCUGAGGUGGUACAGGAAGGUGAACCAGUUUGUGGACAAAAUGGUCCUACAGAUUCGCACACACGUAGUCGUGGACAAGAGAAUUGGUGUGUGCACGAACAUCAAGCGGCCGCAGUUAGUAUUAGGCGAGUUGAAGAACACGGGCGAGAAGUCUCAGAGCAGACAAGUGAGGUUGAUGCAAAUGAUACACCACCAUUGCACAGUCAUGUAGGGAAGAAAUUUGCAGACAGUAGGGCAUCUGAGUCAACAGCAGGUGAUUGUACCGUUGACGAUCAGUCUGUGUAUUGUGUGAUUACCGAUAGUACAAGUGUAAAGUCCCAGAGUCUCUACGAUGAGGAUGCACAGAUGGUCACAUCACCGGGCGAGUUACAAGGACAGGAGACAGGGGUGCCCGAGUUAGGAACAGCAACAACAUCAGAACUACUUCAACGCCCAUCGCAUGCGCAGCAGUCCGAUCCAUCGUCUGGAGAGAUUCAAUCACCGUCAGAUGUCGCACAACUCGAUGCUAGUGUUUGUAGGGAUGAGUCUGCGGAGUCAGUAGAACACGGGGCCUUGCAGCGUGACAAGCCUGAUCAUCAGACAGGUGUGCAAAUGCCCAUGGCUGUGACACUCCCGGAUGGAAGCAGUUAUGAGAACCAGCAAGCGUACGUUUCAGAACAUACUGCGGUGUGUGGAGAGGAUGGUGCAGCGAGCGUGGCUGGCUGUGAUAUUAGGCACGAUGCUCUGUAUGCACAUUCAUCGGCGACUGUAGGACUGGAAGACGGUGAGAGUUGUGGCGAUACAACUCAGCGUAGUAGUGCAUGUACGGGCGAAGUAGAGGAUGAGCUGAACACGGUACAGGGUGAUAUGCAUUGGCGUGGAGACCACAACGGCACAUCACACAGAAAUAGUAGUAGUGGGGCGACUACACACACCACAACACCCCACGACGAGAGCCAUGCCGGCGAGACAGAGCUCACAGGUCGUAAAAGUAGUGAAAGUGAACGCACUAGCAGUAGCGCAGAUCGUCAGCAUACACCACGCGGAGGCGUGGUAUCGGUUUAUCACCAAACGGCGGAUGUGGAUGUGAACACGCGUGCGCGGAGUUGUGGAUCUUACUACAAUAGUGAGGACGACUACAGCGGCGCUGCCUUCGAUUUCGAACACCUUUGGAGCGAUGCCGGCGAGUCUGAAGGUGAGCUACCGGGGGAUGCGUGUGUUGAAGGCGGUGGUGUUCUUAUAGACGAGGCUUGCGAGCUGGAUAGGAACAUGACGUUUACUUCUUUUGAGUCUGAAAGUGACCGUAAAAGUCAAACAUGCGACUCGCGCAAAGAGACUUCUCGCGAAAUCGACGACGGUACCAGCAGAUCGUGUGUGCCAACUACAGCGGUAGAGAGCUUGCUCAGAUUUAGUGUUAGAAACGAGGCGAACACCGAAGGAACUCGGAAAGACUUCGGGAUACAUUGUGCUAUGGAUCCAUCAGCAAAUGAUGACGGCCUACGUGUAACCGCUAUGAAGUCCACCGCACCACUGAUACCAGCUGAUGAAGCAUGCAGUGUCUCAGAGACAAGGAAAAAUAUGCGAGCUCGCAGCAGCGUACCUGAUAGCGCGAAUCAGGAACAUAAGGGCUCUAGACCCACACACACACACAUACAUAAGACAGAUAUGAGCGCUGAACAGCGACCGAACGCAAACCCCACAGACAUACACAUACAGACACAGACACAUGUGCAUAACCCCCCACUCUCCACACAUCCACUUAAGGAUAUAUUAGGUAUGCAUAGACUAACACAACCAAACGGGACAGCGUGCACACCGCAAUUACCCUCGUCUAAGACAAGUCUCCAUCUAGACUUAGGAUUACUAAAAAACUACGACUCUUAUAGCAGCCACAGCACUUCACAUAUCAAUACGUUUAAUGGUGUCUGUGGGAACAGUGGGCAACAUAACCGCACACAUCACACCAAUGCAUUCGAUGGUCGUACCAGUGGGGAAGACACGGAUAGGCGACUGCCCCAAAGCACACUCAGUAGCAGCGGUACGAUGAAGUAUAGAACCUCCAAUAGAGACAAUAGGAAAAACCAGGCUGUCGCCACAUACAUGCGCACACCACGAGACUCACCUAGCAGCAGCACGAAGGGUACCAAAGUAUCGGAUAGCGCAGAUGAGGAUUUGAUUGCGGAUAUGCGACUGCAGCAGAUACUGGAUACCCAAUGCGACUACCUAGAGAUAAUGUGCGCUGAGCUCGAAAGUCACAAGCACGUAUCCUUCCACAGAGAAACCGGGAUGUCCAAACCACCACUGCCCCCAAUUCAAAGGAUACACACCGAGUCCAUGCGUGUACUGACGACGGUGCUCCAGACUUUGCAACACAACGCACACGAGCCCACUACCACUGCUGAUGUGUUGCUGAAGAGUAUCCAUCGCAUCAACCAUGUUAUCUUGGCGGCUGUGGGAAAGGAGUUGGAGGAACAGGAGCGAGACGACUUGUUGGCCUUGAAG